AUGGCAGACACGAACCCCGCCGAAGCGCUCAAGCAACUCCAGAGUCUAGUGGAAAACGGCGACUUCAAAACCCAACUGGCAAUCUUGCGCAUAAGUGAGCCUAUCUCUGCGAUAGGAGAAAUCACAGACCGGACCAAUUCGCCUUCGAAACGUGGCUCAGAUGUGUCGACACUCGACAACCCCUCACCUGCUUCUCUCGAGGCCGAUUUGACACACUACAAGGAACUCUUCUCAAAGCUACGAUUUUCCUACGUGGAGCAAGUGACAAAGGAAAAAUUUCUCCGUGCGAUCGUGGGCGACCCGCCCCUCGUGGUGAGCCACAAUGAGAAUGUCGAGCUGGAGACACAAUUGGCGGAAAUAAAGGCAGAACUUCGUGGGCGCAAAGAGGAUGUUCGCCUCAUGGUCGAGGAGAUGGAAAAGAUGGGUAGAAGUCUUGCAGAACGUGGGUGCUCCAACGACAUGCUUUCACCGUUUCCGAGCUACAAUAAUGUUUCUCUCCAAAUGACGCAGCUUGAGACCCUUCCCGAGUCUAUCGAAAACCUUGAAUCUACGGUCGCUGGAUUACGCGCGAAGCAGGUAGCCAAUAUGGAUGUUUCGGCUUCUCAGAACCUUCCUCUGCCCGCGACCCUGUCCCUACUGUCUGAGCGUGAAGCCGAACUUGCAGCAUUGAAUCGGCAAUUGGCUGCAGCGGAGAACACCCUGCCCCGGAAGAAAAGGGAUGCCGAAGCCAUGGAGCGAGAGAUAGGUGUGCUGGAGAGACGAAAGGCCGAAGCAGUCAUACAAGCUCGGGAGGCCCAGAGAAAGAAACAAGAGGGUGAAAGUGAUGGACUUGAGGAGAUGGGAAGAUGGUACCGAGGCGCAGAAGAAACCCUGAAAAAGUUGGUGGGGGUCUAA